GACCCUCCUAGCGAUUGGGAGGCUGAUCCUCCUAGCGUUUGGGAGGCUGACCCUCCUAGCGAUUGGGAGGCUGAUCCUCCUAGCGAUUGGGAGGCUGACCCUCCUAGCGAUUGGGAGGCUGAUCCCCCUAGCGAUUGGGAGGCUGACCCUCCUAGCGAUUGGGGGGCCAAUCCUCCUAGCGAUUGGGAGGCUGAUCCUCCUAGCGAUUGGGAGGCUGAUCCUCCUAGCGAUUGGGAGGCUGAUCCUCCU